ACAGACGACGCACUAAGGGACAUAACUCCAAUUUCUUAACACCCGACCUUCUUUGGCACAGCCGUACAACCAGGUCACACCUGUUUUCCAUCGCGAGCAGGUCCAUCAUGUUUUUCGACGGUCUGGACGCCGAUGUCGAGUUUGGGAAGACCUUCCAAGAGCGGGAGUUUACUUUCAAACAAGGAGCUGUGCUACUCAACCAUGGGUCGUUCGGGGCCGUGUCGAGACGCCUGCAGGAGGUGCAGAGAUGGUACCUGACCGAGAUGAACGCCCAGCCCGACCUAUGGUUCCGGGAGAACGUGUAUAAGUAUUGGGGGGAGUCAUUGGGGGCGGCGGCACGGUUCUUCAACUGUGACCCCAAAGAUAUCGUCUUUGUUACCAAUGCUACAGAGGGUAUCAAUGCCGUGCUGAAAAGCUAUGAUUUCAAAGAGGGUGAGACAAUCCUGUCCACCAGUCUCACCUAUGGAGCUAUCGCUCUCACCUGCAGGGACGUCGCCGCCCAGAAUCGAGUUAUCAAGUCCGAAGUUAUUGAGAUUGGAUUCCCGAUUGAGAGCGAAGAAGCAGUGUUAAGACAGUAUGAAGAGUAUUUGAAGGCUCACCCCAACACCAGAAUGGUGGUGAUAGAUCACAUCACAAGCCCGUCUGCAGUGUUGCUUCCCGUGAAAAAGUUGGCGAAGAUUUGCCACAAAUAUGGUGCCCUCGUGAUGGUUGAUGGUGCGCAUGCGCCCGGACAUGUUCCUGUGGAUUUGGAGGAUCUCUGUGUUGACUUCUACACAGGCAACUUCCAUAAGUGGAUUUUCACUCCCCGCGGCUGCGCAGUGCUAUAUGUGAACAGGAAACAUCAUGAUUGGAUGAAACCGUUGGUGACGUCACACUGUGCUGACGGUUCCCUAGGUGAACAAUUCUUCCAAGCCGGAUCACGUGACCACGUCCCGUUUGUAUGCGCAAAAUACGCCUUGGAGUUCUGUGAGAGAAUAGGGGGAAUGGGUCGCAUCAUGGCCUACAGCGCUGAGCUUGCCACAGAGGCCCAGGAGUACCUUGCGAAGUUGUUCCAGACAGACAGACCGGCGCUCCCGCGGGAUAUGGAGGCGCCCAACAUGAAGCUGGUCGAGCUGCCAGAGAUAAAGGUCCCUUUAAGCAAGGAACCAUCCUUCGAUUUCUUCAUGAACUUUUGGAGGAAGACGAACAUACAGACAAAUACAUUUCAACUGCAGGGGCGUGUCUACCUGAGAGUGAGUCCCAGCAUAUACAACUAUAUGGAAGAAUACAGGCAGCUCGGGCAGGCCAUGCUGGACUAUAUACAGGAUAUAAACAAUGCUCAGUGACCAUCGCUGAUACUGUGGCAACCGGUCAAGCAGUGACCAAUAGUAAUGUAACAGUGCUAAAAUUGCUAUAUUUUAUUCAACUUUUUGUGAAAUUCGCCUUCAAUUCAUAAGUUGUCGGUUAACCAUUUAAGACCUGUUGGUACAUACUAGAUUUACGCCGCCACAAUCAGGUCGGUGGGCGAGACUUUAAUUACAUGUUGAAUAACAACUGGUAGUGGUCAGCGCGUUCGGCACUUACCAGUGUACCGUUAUCAGCUAUUUAGCGGCAACUGACCAAACUAGAAAAUUGAAAACGCGAAACCAAACACGAGCUGAGUGGUUCUAUCGGCAUUUAUAAUCUUCUAUUACUCAACUUUCCAAACUGACCGUCUGCUUUGGCUAUUAACAGACCAAACCCAUCAUACAAAAUUGUAUAACAUGUCCAGUCUUUAUUAGUCCAAAGUCUCAAAUUUCAAACUGGACAUGCACGUGUAGACUUGUCUUCAGAUUAACAAAGGAGGUCUCAGGUAUAAAUAUAGGGGGAAAUCGACUGUUAGUCAUUCCUGCUUUGCCUGAGAACCUCUCUCUGUUUGUCUUUGAAGGUAAGUCACUUUUACUUGUUACUUUGGCAUUUAGGUUGAACUUUGAUUAAAAUUGUCUUUUAAAAUUGUCUUUAAUUUUGUAUGAAUAUCUUGCUUGAACAAUGAACUUAUACUCUAUGUAUUCGAAAUGCCGUGCGAAUCUAAGCUGCAUAUUAUUCAAGUUUUACUGACACAAAUUAACUACAGUAAUUUAUAUGCGUGCGUCGCAUGUCGAAAUAUUACUAUUCCACAAUCAGCGUUCGUAUCCAACAUGUUUAUUUAUCGGGUUAAAACUACUAGGCAAAUACAUUUGUAAUUAUUAAUCACAGGUGUCAUGGAUGCUUCAUAAUUAUCAUGUUUUAAUGUGAAUAGCGUGCAUUAUAAUAAUGUAUCAAUUAUUUGUCCAUGUAUCGGUAGGACCACUAUUCAUAUGUGUGUCGUGUUAUUUACCUUAUUGUAUGCUGUAUCGUUAGUAGAGUGGUUUUAUAAUGCAAGAACGUUAAAUGCGUCAAUAUGCAUUAACAUGAUCCAGUUACUCGAUAUAAUUUACGUUUUGUAUAUUUGUUUGCAUUCUUAUGCCUGAUAAAUACGGUUCAAGAAUAUAACUUAUAUCCGAUGUUCAUGCAUCAAAUAUAUUCUUUAUAUACAAAACCAGAUCAGUGCAAGUACAGCAAAGUAUAUUAUUCUUAUCUGUAGCCCAAAAUAUAUUUCUCAUUAGGUAACUACUUUGUGAGGGCAUAUCACUAGACUACAAUACUUGAACGUAACUUUUUGUUCUAGAUAAAUGCACGCAAAUUAAGCAAUGCCUGAUAAAUUUAUGUUUUCCAAUUUAUGCAUAUUAUUUCCAUUCGGUAAGAUGAAUGGACGCUGUAUAGAAUAUCUCAGAUACUAUACUUUUAGCAUAAUGUGGACGCUACAGAUAACGUAGUAGUUUUAUGUUGUAGAAUAGUUAUAAUGAAACAGGCUUUCCUAUAGCAGUAUUUAUAUUCAUUUCUAAAUUACAGUUCACGAGCAAUUUCUCUGUUUUGGCGAAAUCUCCAAUAAGGUUCAUAAACAUUCACAAUAGAACAUACCUUCACUAAUAAUCAGUUUUUAAUUCAUAUAUAUUUCAAGUUUCAAAUACGGUAUUCAUUCAUGUGUGAUUUGUAUAAGCUCGGCCCACAUUUAGUAUAGUGUAUUCAGUCAUUGAAUGCAGGUCCCAUUAUUAUUUACCGUAUUAAAUCUUGUGUUCACUAUUUAACUCUGGAGUGUACACCUGAAUCAGCUAUAGUUCAUGACGUCACAUGUACCGUAUUUAAUAUAAAAUAAGUUAUUAGACAUGUCAUUGUUCAAGAAAGGUGUUGUUAUAAUCUUUCAUAUGAAUGCUUUUUGUAAACAUUGUUCAGAUGUUAUUUAUGAGUACCUUAAAUAUAUAUAUCAAACAUUAUGAGUAAUUAUCAAUGAGUAAUUUAAUUUGAAUUGAUUAUAAUGUCUGCAUUAUAUCAAAUGUUCACUGCUAUGAUAUUGAAUAUCCAAUGAGUUGAGCCUACACUUUACACUUUGUUAUUAUUUUACAAAUGGUAUUUUAAUUAUAAAUGUGUUACGUAAUCUUAUGCAAUGUUAUAUUAGGCUGUAACUUGAAUAGGUACUGAGACGUCUCUGAAGUUAAUACAUUGUUUUCAAAGUGAGAUCACAUAACAAGCAAUUGUUUAUUAACUCAUGCCUAUUAUAUAACAAAGAAUAUCUAAACAGUUUUGGUAUCACUGCUUAAUUAUUUGUCUGAUUAUGUCUUUGUGUUUGAUGAUGAAGGAGAUUGUCUGACUAUGUCUAUAUGCUUGAUGAUGAUGAAAACAUUUAAUAAAGAAUUCCUGCUUUGCCUGA